UUAUUCCGACCCGCUAAGAGGACAACCCGCAGAAAGCCGCUGUCAUUUCGCUGCGCUCUUGCUCCUUCACCUAGGGUUUCCAUUUUUUCUCUCCGCCGCCAGUAUGAGUCGUCAUCCCGAAGUCAAGUGGGCACAAAGGUCCGACAAGAUCUACCUUACUAUUCUCUUAGCUGAUGCAAAGAAUGUUCAGAUUAAUCUUGAUCCAGAUGGUGUUUUCACUUUCUCUGGCAUCACUGGUUCAGACAAUAUCUUGUAUGAGGUCAAAUUGGAGCUAUUUGAUAAAGUAAACGUUGAGGCAAGCAAACUAAACACUGGCGUUAGGAGCAUCUUCUGUGUUAUAGAAAAAGCUGAGAAAGGGUGGUGGAAGAAGCUAUUGCGUGGUGAUGGAAAGCUACCUCACUACAUUAAAGUUGACUGGGAUAGAUGGGCAGAGGAAGAUGAGGAUGAUGGCCCUAAUGCUGAUGACUUUGGAGGAAUGGACUUCUCGAAAUUCGGUAAUAUGAGGGGAAUGGACGGUGAUGAUGAUCUUGAUGUUAGUGAUGAUGAAGGUAAUUUCUGGUGCCCAAUCUUCGAAUACACAUUUUUCAUGCAUGGGUUUAUAACAUCCAAGUGUUAUGAAUACAAAUAUCAAACUUAGGUGUUCGAUAUGUAA